UAUCGGGGCAGAUUAUGAAGCAGCAGUAUUCGUUUGAGGAGAAAGGCUCUGGACCUUUUACAUAUAUACAUGGCAGCACCGAUGUCUUUGGCUUUAUUUUCUGUUAUUUUCCUGCAGAUAUCUUCGUCUUACGAACAAGUGCCUGCUUUUGUCGAGGGGAGUUCAGAUGAAGCAGUGUCACAAGACAGCCAAAUCAGAGAAAAUGGUGUCGGUGGUGAGAGUCAGAGCGUCUGGUACGAUCACGGCUCGUUGUUCACAGCGGAGGAGAUGAGACCGCCUCUGCAGCUACGUGACUGGAGGCCGCCGUCUCCUCGGCCUAGCAGGAGAAAGUUGCUGCAGUAUGGAGGAAUCAUGCCCUACUCUCCUCUGAAUGUUGUUUACAAUGGUAAAACAUGCAUCUUGUUUAGAGCCAGGAAGCUGGCCAUCAGGUACAGAAAUCACACACUAGUGGACCUCACACAGAGAGUGUUUGGCCCUGAUGCAAUAGUGGACACCAGAGGCUCAUUUUGCAGCAAGGACAAGGCCACACUCAACAUACGAUUUGGAGAUGUGGAGGAGCUCAGAGGACUUGCCAUCAGACUGCAGAUGUCCAACACAUUCUAUGAAUCAGCAGGACAGAACUGGUUCACUCUGGAUAGCGUCCACAUCCACUACAACUGGACACACGAGGCCACGUUCAACGCCACGGACGUGUACGCUCCCUCCACCAACUCGUACCACUGCCAACACGUCAGCAGCCUGCAGAAAUACGACACGCUGCUGGUGCCCAGCUCCAACACGGACAACGCGGCAAACUGGCACAUCACCUUCACAGACUUCCAGAUUCAAGCAUUCAACGUCAACUCGAACAAGUUCUCCUCAGCCAGCGACUGCGCCACGUUCUUCACCCCGGCCAUCCUCAUGGGUCUCAUCACGUCGCUGAUCCUGCUGCUCGUCCUCGCCUACGCCCUGCACAUGGUGGUCCACCUCAAGCACAUCGACCGCUACGAAGAGCACAAGACCACCGUCUACUUCCCCCGAAGCACAGAAGCUGAAAGUGCUGAGAAGAACAGCCUGUAGACCAGUAGGAUCCCCCCGCCGACCUACAAGCACAGAGACGGACAGUUCGGCAACUCUGAGCUCUCAAGCCCGUACGAGUGAAAGUGCAGGAGCAGGCUGGAGGCGUCGCGUUAAGAGCGUUUUCGCUUCUGUCUGUGCUACUACACUCGCAGGAUUGUGGUAGGACAGAAAGAGCAGAUUCCUGCAGGGUUUUAAAAAUUGGAGAUACCCCGAUUUGUAUCUACCACUAGAUCUCUUUUUCUUUUUUUGCGAGAUGAAUCGCAAGUGAUCGGGAUCUGAAAGAGAACCUCAGAUUCCUGAAUUAAUUCAAAUUAGCACAGUGUACUUCGAAUUUAUAUCGUCUGUCUCAUAUAAGCAUAUAACCUCCUGGUGAGAAUCAGGUUAAAUAAUAUAUGGACGCUUUAUUACACUUCACUUACAAACUGUGUAUAAACCAUUAUGAUUUAUAAGUGUAUUAGACAUUAAAAAUAUGGAAGUACUAUACUCAAAACUUUGAUCUUCUCAGUAACUGAACAUUUUUAUCCACUUUACACAAAAGUUAAAAUGAAUAAAAUAUGAAAAUAAUUGUCUGUACUGGACCAGUCAGAAGUUGGGACACAACUGAUUGAAUGUAUGUUAUUCAUCAGAUUAAAGAUUCGCUUUCUAAAGGCUUAAGCUUGGAUUUUGAUGCUCAUUUAAAUUUACUUCCAAAGCAUAAAAUUUUCAUUUUGGGAAAAGCAGCCAUCAGAUGGUUUCUUAUGAAGCUAUGAGUAUGAAAAUAUUAUCAGGGCUACAUUGAAAUAUCUGAAAUAUAAAAGAUCUAAAAUGUAGUUGUUGCUUUUUUUAAACACAUUUUUGUUUUUCGCCUAAUUUUGUUAUUUUAUAGGCUUGAUGAAUUGACUGUUAUUCUAAAAUGUGAAAGAAAUUAAAAAAUUGAAAAAUACCUUCUAUGAGUAGGCGUGUCCAAACUUUUUCACUGGUACUGUAUAUGACUGACGUACAUAAAGUAAUGGUUUCUAUGCAGUAUGUAACGACCCGAGUGUCAUGAAAUCCCUCAAAGAUUUAGAGGAUGACGUAAGAUAUUUGAUUGUUUACUGGCACUCUUUCUGGACGAUGUGUUUUGAAAUAGUUGUGUUCUUGCUUUUUUGUGCAACUUGUAUGUUUAAUCCGGUUUUGUAAUUUCUUAUUUUUUAAAAUUCUUUUUAAGUGAAUGCAUUCAAGCUGAGCCUUUGACAAUAACAUGGAUCUCUUAUAAGCUACUUGGAUUUUAUCUACAACCAUUGAAGCACAAUGGAAGCAACGUGAAGUUGUAACAUACAGCAUGUGGCUAGAAACAUUUCAGUACCACAAUCAUAUAAAUGUAUACAAUACUGAUGAUAGUCAUUAUAUACUAAAUGAGGGAAUAGCCUGUCCUUUUUCCAUUUACGCAUAUAUGAAAUGGGCUAUUGUGUAUUGAUGUGGAAUAAUUAUUGUCCCCACUAUUUCUGUUGAGUUCAAUAAAACCAGCAGCUCAUUCA